AUGCGGAAUCUUUUCACCGUUUCGCUGCUGGCCUUGGCCACCAGCUCGAGCGCUGCAGCAAAAGAGAGCUGCAAAUGUUUUCCUGGUGACUCUUGUUGGCCUUCUGACGCCGAAUGGAGUCAUCUCAAUAGUACCGUCGGAGGUCGCUUGGUGGCCACUUCACCAUUGGGAAGUCCUUGCCAUGACCCCAAUUACAAUGCCGAAGAGUGCAAGAAUUUGCAGAGUGAAUGGCACUACUCCUCAAUCCAUUCCCAAUCGUCUUCAUCUAUGAUGGCACCUAUUUUCACUAACCAAUCUUGCGAUCCCUUCCAACCCAGAUACAAGCCUUGCACUCUCGGUAACUACGUCCGAUAUGCGGUCAAUGUUACAUCGGCUGAAGAUGUUUCUGCUGCCUUGAAGUUCGUCAAUGAGAAGAACAUUCGAUUCGUUAUUCGCAAUACUGGUCAUGACUACCUCGGUCGUUCAACCGGCGCCGGAGCUCUUUCCGUCUGGACUCAUUACUUGAAAAGCACUGAAGUCAUUGACUGGAAAGAUAAGCAUUAUAAAGGCAAGGCCCUGAAAGUCGGCGCAGGAGUUCAAGGUUUCGAGGCUUUAGGCGCUGCUCAUGCAAAGAACCUGGUCGUUGUCACUGGAGAAUGCCCGUCUGUAGGUCUCGCCGGAGGAUAUACACAAGGUGGCGGUCACUCUGCUCUGAGCACCAACUUUGGCUUGGCGGCAGACAACACCCUCGAGUUCGAAGUUGUUACUGCUGAUGGGAAGCUGAUAAAGGCGAACAGAAGCAAGAACAGUGAUCUCUAUUGGGCUCUAAGCGGUGCAGGAUCUGGAAACUACGGAGUAGUUAUCUCAGCUACAGUGCAAGCCCACCCAGAAGCCAAGGUCAGCGGCGCCAGUUUCCUUGUUACAGCUCCCGAAGGUAAUCCAGACCUGAUCUACGAUGCCAUUGAUGCUUUCCACGCCGCUCUUCCAAAGAUUGUUGACUCGGGUAUCAUGAUCAUUUACUUCUUCUCCAACUCAUUCCUCCAGAUCCCCGCCAUGACGGCAUAUGGAAAGACUGAAGCAGAGGUCAAGAAAAUUCUCCAACCUCUGGCUGAAUCUCUGGCUACUCUCGGUUUCAAGUUUGAGCCAACCUUCACCCACUUCUCGAGCUACUACGAACAUUACGACCACUAUUGGGGACCUCUUCCUGCAGGGAAUAUUCAGAUUGGAACUCAGAUAUUUGGUGGGCGUUUGCUGCCGCGUGACAAAGUCAAUGACUUCUCACCGACUGCACGAAAACUAGCCGAGUUGGGUGUUAUCUACAUCGGUGUAGGACUCAACGUAUCCAAGUUUGGGGGUGGCAGCGGCAACGCAGUUCUACCACAGUGGCGAAACACGGUAGCUCAGGUAUCUUUGACUCUGCCUUGGGAUAAUGAAGCUCCUUGGGAAGAGAUGUUGGCCGCUCAGAAAAAGAUGACUGAGGUGAUCCAGCCAGUUAUUGAGGCCGCGACACCAGGUGCUGGGGCUUAUAUCAACGAGGCCGAUUUCCAACAACACAAUUGGCAAGAUACUUUCUACGGCGUCAACUACGAUAAACUUCUCAAGAUCAAAAAGAAGUAUGAUCCCAAGCAUUUGUUCUAUGCUACAGUGGCAGUUGGAAGUGAGGAAUGGAAUGUUGCUGAGAGUGGACCUGGUGCCAACGAAGCCAUUUGA